AUGUACUUCAAUAAAUAUUACCUUCUUACAUUUUUUGUAAUAAUAAUUAUAUUUUUUGAAUUUUAUCUUAUUAAUUUAAAUAUAAAUGUUUAUGAAAGUAAUUCUAUAGAAAGUGGUUUAGAAGAAACUACAAAACUUACAAUUAAUUAUUCUAAUGAAUCAUAUCUUGAUUAUUUAACAUCUGAAAUUUUGGAAAAAGAAUAUAAAUUAAGAUAUUCAUUAAAAUUAGGAAAAGCAAUACCUACAUUAUGGAAAUCACCAUAUCUUGUAGAUUUAGAUUGUAAAAAAUUGUUAAGAGGUGAUAUUAAGUACAUAAAAGAUGCUGGGAAUAAUAGACAUAGUUACAAAUUUGUUUCAAAAUCUUUUCCAAUAACAUGUAAUGAUAUAAAAAUGAGAGGUUACUAUCCUGAUGAACCAUUAACAAAAGAAGAAUCUGAAUAUCCUUUGGCAUUUGCAAUAAAUGUUUUUCAUGAUUAUUUAAAAAUUGAGCAAUAUUUUUUACUUAUGUAUGCUCCACAAAAUCAAUUUUGUUAUGCAAUUGAUAAAAAAUCAACAGAUGAUUUCAAAAAUAAAAAUGAUGAUGUACCAUUAAAAACUAACUAUGAAUUAGUUCAAAUUAUGAAAGUUUAUAAUGGAUCUAUAGAUAUGGAUUUUGGUAAUUCUUUUACAAGUCAUCCUAUUAAUGUUUUAAAAAAUGUUUCUUUAAAAUAUAAAGAUUUAAAUAUUUUUAAAAAAGAAGAUUCAAGGUUAAAUAAUUUAAUAAUCAUGAAUUCAAAACUUAAAAUUCAAAAAGGAUUUUUAGAAGCAUCAUUACCAAAAGAAUCAGUUGAUUAUAUUGUUAAUGUACUAAAUAUUUCAACAUUAAUAAAUGUUUUAAAUUCAGGUUUACCUUAUACGGAUGAAAUUUUUUGGCCAAGUAUAAUGACAAGUCCUGAAUUAAAUAUUCCUGGAUGGCAACAUUAUAAAUGUUCUAAAAAUUCAAAAUUUAGUUAUUUUUAUUUUACAAGAAGAUCAAUAUAUACAAGUAGAAAAAGAUGUCCUACAAAACAUAUUAGACAUGGAGUAUGUCUAUUAGGUAUUGAAAUGUUAAAUGAUUUAAAAUCAUGGCCACAAUUUUUUGGUAAUAAAUUUUAUUCUGAAUUUGAUGCUGGUGGUUCAACAUGUUGGGUAGAAUAUUUAUAUGAAAAAAAAUAUUUUGAAUUUAACAAAGAAAUAGAUGAAACUUUUUAUAUGAGAAGUCCUUUAAUAAAAUAUCAAAAAAUAAAAAGAGAAACUUCUAAUUUAACUGAGAUAUGUAACUUAGCAUUAACAUAA